AUGUGCUGCUCCCCUUGCUGCCAGCCCACCUGCUGUGGGUCCAGCUGUUGUGGGUCCUGCUGCUGCCAGCCUUGCUGCCGACCAUGCUGUGUGUCCAGCUGCUGCCAGCCUUGCUGCCGCCCGACCUGCUGUCAGACCACCUGCUGUAGGACCACCUGCUGCCGGCCCAGCUGCUGCUGCAGCCCGUGCUGUGGGUCCAGCUGCUGCCAGCCUUGCUGCCGCCCUUGCUGUGUGUCCAGCUGCUGCCAGCCUUGCUGCCGCCCCUGCUGUGUGUCCAGCUGCUGCCAGCCUUGCUGCCGCCCAACCUGCUGUCAGACCACCUGCUGUAGGACCACCUGCUGCCGGCCCAGCUGCUGCUGCAGCCCGUGCUGUGGGUCCAGCUGCUGCCAGCCUUGCUGCCGCCCUUGCUGUGUGUCCAGCUGCUGCCAGCCUUGCUGCCGCCCCUGCUGUGUGUCCAGCUGCUGCCAGCCUUGCUGCCGCCCAACCUGCUGUCAGACCACCUGCUGCAGGACCACCUGCUGCCGCCCUUGCUGCUGCUGCAUGUGCUGCUCCCCUUGCUGCCAGCCCACCUGCUGUGGGUCCAGCUGUUGUGGGUCCUGCUGCUGCCAGCCUUGCUGCCGACCAUGCUGUGUGUCCAGCUGCUGCCAGCCUUGCUGCCGCCCGACCUGCUGUCAGACCACCUGCUGUAGGACCACCUGCUGCCGGCCCAGCUGCUGCUGCCGCCCCUGCUGUGUGUCCAGCUGCUGCCAGCCUUCCUGCUGCUGAUCACCUUGUCGAAGAGCAACCAUCUGUGCACAAUGUCUUCAGUUAACUGACUGGCCAUUUUGGAAACACAUUCACUUCCAAACAUUGCCGAAAGCCAUCAUGUGGUCAACAAGAUCUUUGUGACUCACCUGCCUGUUUAAAAGCUUGUGAAUCAUCUCAACAGAGUUCGGAGGACAUCACCCUGAUUCUUUCCUUGGGUCUUGGGGACCAUGUGCCAGCUUCGUGCAUCCUCGACGUGGAACGCAUCCUCUGGGUAACUUAGGAAAACUAAUUCUCAUAACUUCUUCUUGGGUUUCUGCCACUGAUCUCAAUAACAGUCUUCACAAUCAUGCUUCUUUUCCAAUGUACUCGUGGUUCUUAUACACUGCUUUUGUAUUUCCAUGAUCACUUCGAGCUGUCUCUGUAGAUGCAGGAAUUCUUACCUAUAUUUCUUAAUAAAUCCUGUACCAUUAUUCAUCCUGAGUUGUGUUUUGUUUUAUUAUACAGCAUUCUUGAUAUAGGGGCCUAUAUCAUAUUGCACCCUGUAUGCAUUUCCAUUCUGAGCCUCACAACAGCCUCCUUCAAGUUAUAUCCCCCAUUUGUUCAGAUGAGAACAUUUCUCUGUGUAAUGGAGCUAAAACUGGACAGACUCAGAUCAAAGACCGGGCUCCCUGCUCCUCUCAAGGGCACUUACAUUUACAUAUUGGGACAAGUAGAGAGGAGACUGGGACUGAACACCAGCAACCUGUGCACAUGAGUUUCUUCUUUAAUGAUGGAAGGAAUUCUCUCCUCUAUACGCAGACAACCUUUGUGUUUACAGAGUUCUUCCCAAGUCCCAGUCCUGCACCCUAGCGAGCAGGAGCUGUUUCGGUGAGGACAGCAGUGAGCUGCAGGUAGGGGACACUGACGGCGUUUGGGUGCUCUCAUGAAUGCCUGGAAACUUCACUGCCUCAGGCUCUGACCAGCCCCUCAUGCAAUUUAUCGGCAUCAAAUAAUUUUGACCAUCCACUGUGUCCUCUUUAGACAGGCUUGUUUAUCGGGACUUGUUCUUGGCAGCAUGUAAAUCAAAUUCUUGUAUGG